CGCUAUGAGACCGUUUCUGUCGUGGCAGAUGUAUGAGCGCACUGGCGCUGACAUAAGCGUCGAGGCUGGGACUGAUCUGUAAGAAAGCGCACGUGUUAUACAGCCCAGUACAACAGUUUGUAUGAUAACGUAGUAGUGUUAUGUUUGAUCCAUUUGCUUUGGACCAUAACAAACUUUCAUUGUACAAUAGUUUCUCACACAUCGUAUUGGAGAGAUUCUGGAACAAAUGUACGAGGGGUGUGACGCUCUCUAGUGGAUGAGAGCCCGUCGCCCUGCUCUCUAGUGGAUGAGAGCCCGUAGCCCUGCUGGAGGUGUGUAAUGCUCUCUAGUGGAUGAGAGCCCGUAGCCCUGCUCUCUAGUGGAUGAGAGCCCGUCGCCCUGCUCUCUAGUGGAUGAGAGCCCGUAGCCCUGCUCUCUAGUGGAUGAGAGCCUGUCGCCCUGCUCUCUAGUGGAUGAGAGCCCGUAACCCUGUUGGAGGUGUGUAAUGCUCUCUAGUGGAUGAGAGCCCGUAACCCCGUUGGAGGUGUGUAAUGCUCUCUAAUGGAUGAGAGCCCGUAACCCCGUUGGAGGUGUGUAAUGCUCUCUAGUGGAUGAGAGCCCGUAACCCCGUUGGAGGUGUGUAAUGCUCUCUAGUGGAUGAGAGCUCGUAACCCCGUUGGAGGUGUGUAAUGCUCUCUAGUGGAUGAGAGCCCGUAACCCCGUUGGAGGUGUGUAAUGCUCUCUAGUGGAUGAGAGCCCGUAACCCCGUUGGAGGUGUGUAAUGCUUUAUAGUGGAUGAGAGCCCGUAACCCCGUUGGAGGUGUGUAAUGCUCUCUAGUGGAUGAGAGCCCGUAACCCCGUUGGAGGUGUGUAAUGCUCUCUAAUGGAUGAGAGCCCGUAACCCCGUUGGAGGUGUGUAAUGCUCUCUAGUGGAUGAGAGCCCGUAACCCCGUUGGAGGUGUGUAAUCCUCUCUAGUGGAUGAGAGCCCGUAGCCCUGCUCUCUAGUGGAUGAGAGCCCGUAGCCCUGCUAUCCGUUGCAGGAUGUCUGCGUCAGACUCUGAUUACUCAAUAGACUACCUGGCCAGUGACAGUGAGGAUAAUGACAACGACAGCGGCGUGGGACUGAGCCCCGACGGACACACAGUCAGGACGGCACCUUCAUCCUCCUUACCUCCACCCUCAUCAUCAUCAUCAUCAUUAAGGCACUCUCCCAGUAACACUGACUGUGGUUCUUCUAAGGACGGGAUCUCGAGGCUAAACAGGAAUUCCAACCACGAGGACUCCCAUAGGCUGAGCAGUGACACAGGAGAUUUCGGGGACUCUGGCCUCAGUAGGGACGGGGACAGUGAUAAUUCCAACGAUGCUGACCCUCGACUGAGCAGAGACAGAGAUUGUAGUUGUGGUGGCACCCCUCCUCCAGCCACCUACGGGGGGGGCCGCUGCCCCAGUGAGACCCAGGUAUGUAGUCCUACUGUGUACAGUCAGCAGCAGCAGAGACUGUCAUGGAGCUCGACGUCCUCCUCUCAAGCCUGGGAUAGAAACAGUAGACAGAGUGGCACUGGGAAGCCUGGGCAGGGCAGGAAGAGGGCACACAGCCAUGGACGGCAUCCUGGAGACCAAGGCUGUAGGAACAGAGACACAACGGAACCUGGGGAGCCUGAGAAGGAUCAGCUGUUUGCCCAGAAGUGUAUGGAGCUCCAGUGUUACCUCCAUCCCCUGUCUUCCAUCCUGAGAGGCCUGCGCUCUGGGAGGUACUCAGAACGUCUUAGCCGUUUCCAGGAGAACGUUGCAAUGGACCGGAUCCAGAGAAUAAUGGGAGUCCUCCAGAACCCAAACAUGAGUGAGCGCUACGUCAGUGUGAUCCUGAAGAUGGAAGCGAUGCUCCAUAGCUGGUUUCCUCAAGUCAGAGCCCGCCCAGACCCAGACCCAGACCCAGACCCAGACCCAGACCCAGGCCCAGGCCCAGACCCAGACCAGCACACUGACAACCAGGAAGAGCACCACACUCCAGCUAAGAGACACACUCCUGCGAAGCAGUACCAGACCCCAGCCCAGCCACCACCUCCAGCCUCUCCUCCCGUCGUCUCCCCCUCAGAGGGUGACCAGACCCCAGCCCAGCCACCACCUCCAGCCUCUCCUCCCGUCGUCUCCCCCUCAGAGGGUGACCACCACCCAGCCCAGCCACCACCUCCAGCCUCUCCUCCCGUCGUCUCCCCCUCAGAGGGUGACCACCACCCAGCCCUGAGAGCCUCCGGCGGACCCCUGCCCAGCUCCUUCCUCUACUCCUCUACCACUCAUCUCAAACGUCUCCACACCGCCCCCAUCUGCUCCUCCAACACAGAGACAGAGACAGCCCAGCAAGAGCCACCGGGCCUGGUCAGACCCUCCAUCGCCUGCUCCCUGGGAUCCAACCGUCCAGCCGACGACCAGGAACAGACCCAAGACGACGCGGUCUCCUCCAGCACUGACCCCCAGGGGAGCACUGUGGACCCCCACCUCCAGACUCACCCUUACAGAGUCAGACCCCGAGCCCACCGACGAGGGCCUCCGUCGGGGAAGAUCAGCUCGCCCUGCCUGGAGAGGCUGCUCCAGUCCAAGGAGAGCGUCAUCUCACCCAGAAACAUGGGAGGUCAGAGUCCGGGAGGUGGUGGGGAGAGCGUCAUCUCACCCAGAAACAUGGGAGGUCAGAGUCCGGGAGGUGGUGGGGAGAGCGUCAUCUCACCCAGAAACAUGGGAGGUCAGAGUCCGGGAGGUGGUGGGGAGAGCGUCAUCUCACCCAGAAACAUGGGAGGUCAGAAUCCGGGAGGUGGUGGGGAGAGCGUCAUCUCACCCAGAAACAUGGGAGGUCAGAGUCGGGAGGUGGUGGGGAGAGCAGCCGUUUGUAACAGCUAGACUCAGACAUGGUCCAUGGAGGAGAUAAGGACUGAUCUGGGCACAGAGUUGACCCGGCAGAGACAGAGCUGUAUCUUUCCACAACAGGCUCUCCAAUACAGCAGGGGGCAAAGGACGCUGUCUGAGCAGGACGCUGUCUCUUUAAGAGCUGUGUGUCAUGUGAUCCAUCAUGUGAUCUAACUACGGUUUGUUUAUCUGCAGUAAGACACUGAGACAUGGAGGAGACAUAUUAUAGACCUGCAGUAAGACACUGAGACAUGGAGGAGACAUAUUAUAGACCUGCAGUAAGACACUGAGACAUGGAGGAGACAUAUUAUAGAC